AUGGAGGACGAAAACCAAGCUUCCAACGUACAACUUCAGAGUUCUGAGCAUGAAGAACUUAUUGAAGAACGGUCCGAAGAGAAAUCUCCAAUCACUGAGGUUUGUGAGGUUAUUGCUCCUGGAACUUCAGGAAGUGUAACCCCUGAAGUCGAAACUCCAGAGGAAGAACUUUCUGAUAUUGACGCGCGGUCGGACGAAAACUCACCAUGCAAAGAAACCUACGGCAGCGAGGUCACUCAGCAUACUCCAGGUAGAGAUUCUGCAGAAAACAAACCUCAGGAGAAUGAGCUUCCCAAUUCGCCCGAUCUUGACUUGCAGCUUUCCACCACAGAUAUCCCCGAGGAACGACUUUCCGAGCCCAAAGUUCCUGGCGAUUCCCUUGAGGUCGAAAUCACUCAACACUCGGAGCAUAUACUUGAGCCCGUUGAGAUUGAGGUUCCUCAACUUCUGAGCCCCUCACCUGAACCCAUCGAAAUCGACAUUCCGGAACGAUCCGACUGUUCAUCCGAGGUACCCCGGCUACCCGAGUUACCCGAUAACGAACCUCAAGAUCACAGUGGAUCCGAUGCAGACAACGAGUGUUCCGACGAAGAGCCCCUUGGCGCCCUCGGCGAUUGGCAACUUCGUAAAUUAGCAGAGAACGCGCUUGAAAUUGCUUUAGAUGUCUCUACUCCCAAAGCACUAGUGUCAUCGAUAAGCGACCCAAAUAUCUGCAAACCCCGAACCCCGCUCCCCGAUCGCGAGCGCGUGUGGCGCCCAUCCUCAACUGACGCCACGCGAGCAAACAAACCAAAAUGCCCACCAUGCGAACGAAAGAAGAAGAGAUUUGAUUGUUUGGGAAGUCCUCCUUGUAACGAGUGCAGCAAGAGGAAUAUGACGGCCGAGCAAUGCUCUACGUUUGCAUUUGUGAGACGACGAGGGAAGAAGAGGUUGCAAGAUGAUGAUGGUAUGGUUGCACAAAAGGGUGGGAAAAGAGGCAAGAGGAGAUGA